AUGAUUAUUAACGGAGAUCAUAUCAUUUCACCCUCAGUUCCCAAUACUGAAGGAUUUGCUCCUUUUACAAUAGAUCCUUUUCAUCCCUUUUAUGUGCAUCCAUCCGAUAAUCCGGAUAGCCAAUUAGUGUCUGUUCCCUUCAAUGGACAUGGUUUUGUAUUGUGGAGAAGCAACAUGCUCACUUCUCUUUCUGCUAAAAACAAAUUAGGCUUGUUAGAUGGAAGAGUUGCCCAACCCCCUGUAAAUUCUCCAUUUUAUUCCUAUUGGGAGAGAUGUAAUGACAUGGUAAAAUCCUGGAUUAUCAACUCUGUUUCCAGGGACAUAGCCACAAGUGUGAUUUGUUUUAGGACUGCUAAGGAGGUUUGGACUAACAUUAAUGAAAGGUUUGGUCAGUCCAAUGGGUCUAAAUAUCUUCAAAUUCAAAGAGAAAUCAGUUCAACUGUCCAAGGGUCAUAUGACAUUGCCACAUAUUUCACCAAAUUUAGGAGUCUUUGGGAUGAGUUAAAUUCUUCAUAUGUAGGCCCUAUAUGUUCUUGUGGGGCCGUUCCCAAAUUUAUUGAGGAUCAACAACUAUUUCAAUUCCUAAAUGGGCUAAAUGACUCCUAUUCAACUGUGAAAAAUGCUAUUAUGCUUAUGAAUCCCCUACCUCCAAUAAGCAAAGCUUACUCUCUUUUGCAACAAGAUGGGAGCCAAAGAGAGACUCAAGCUUCAGUACCAAAAUUUUCCAAUGAAUCUGCCUCUUUCUCUGUAUCUUCAACCACACCAAAUAGAAACUUCAAUCAAAGGAUCAAUUUUGACUCCAGAAAACCCAACUCUGUUUCUUGCAAAUAUUGCAAGAAACCUGGACACACAGUGGAGAAANAACCUAGGUCGACCGUUGCGGCGAUGGCCUUAGCCAUAUAUAGUUGA